AUGGGCCAGGCCAAUGCAACCGCCUGGAAGGGUUUUGUGUUCCUGGGCUUCUCCAGCUUUGGGGAGCUGCAGCUCCUGCUCUUUGCCCUCUUCCUGCUUCUGUAUCUUGCUACCCUGACCGCCAAUGUCUUCAUUAUCGUGGUCAUCAGGCUGGACAGCCACCUGCACACCCCCAUGUACCUCUUCCUCUCCUUCCUGUCUUUCUCCGAGACCUGCUACACGUUGGGCAUCAUUCCUCGGAUGCUGUCCAGCCUGGUCAUGGGGGGCCAGGCCAUCUCCUAUGCGGGCUGUGCUGCCCAGAUGUUCUUCUCUGCUUCCUGGGCCUGCACCGACUGCUUCCUUCUGGCUGUCAUGGGCUUCGACAGGUAUGUGGCCAUCUGUGUCCCGCUGCACUAUGCCAGCCGUAUGAGCCCUGCCUUUUGCUCCCAGCUGGUCGGCACCUCCUUCUUCAGCGGGUACCUCUUCGGGCUGGGAAUGACACUCGUCAUUUUCCGCCUCCCAUUCUGCAGCUCCCAUGCGAUCCAGCAUUUUUUUUGUGACACGCCUCCCGUGCUGAGCCUAGCUUGUGGGGACACAGGCCCGAGUGAACUGGGCAUCCUUACCCUCAGCCUGCUGGUGCUCCUUGUGUCUUUCUCCCUCAUCACCGUCUCCUACGCCCACAUUCUGAUGGCAAUCCUGAGGAUCCCAUCCGCUGAGGGCCGGAAGAAGGCCUUCUCCACCUGUGCCUCGCACCUCGUGGUGGUCGUCAUCCACUACGGCUGCGCCUCCUUCAUGUACUUGAGGCCCAAAGCCAGUUACUCCCUGGAGCGGGACCAGCUCAUCGCGGUCACCUACACCGUGGUGACCCCCCUACUCAACCCCAUCGUUUAUAGUCUGAGGAAUCGGGCCGUGCAGACGGCCCUGAGAAGUGCCUUCCAAGGGAGAUUGCUUCUUAGAGGAUGA